ACGACGACGACAACGACAACGACGACAGCGGCGGCGACGAACGACCCUGGGCUUUUCUUUUGCGGCGCAACAUUCGACGUCGAGUGGCCAAAACUCCCAGCCAGGCAUUGUUGAUCUCCCCGCAUCUCUCUGACAUCUUCUCCUUCUCCUUCCCUCCACACGACCACCCACACAAAUCACAAUCGCACCACCCCUCUUGUUCGUGCCUGUCGCAACAACCGCCGCCGCCGCCGCCGCCGCUGCAACGACACAAACGAGCAUCGUCACAAUCUAAACUCGCUUUCAUCAUCGUCCUUCCACCCUUCCUCCUCUUCAUCCUUCUCUUACAACCCUCGCCAUGACGCUGCGCGGCGCGUCGGGCAAGUUCUCGCUGCCCAGCUUUGGGCGCAAGAGUAACGCAAACGACACCUCGCCGUCCCAGUCCGGCAUCCCGUCCAACUCGACUCCCCAGUACGCGCCCAACCCCGACAGCACAUCCAAGCUCGGGCACGGGCGCGACUCGGACUCGAUCAUCGCCCCGCAGCACGACUACUCUGGCGUGCACCUCGGCGGCGGCAACGCCAACGGCUCGAACGGCUCGAGCCUCGACGGCUUUGGCAAAAAGAUUGGCAAGAGCAUCGCGCACACCAGCUUCCUCCCCUCCCUCGGUAACCAGGACCUCAGAGCGCUGCAGGAUGUCAUCACAUCGGAGAAGAAUGUGCUGCAGGGCGCCGAGCGCUUCGCCGGCGAAGUUCAGGCCGCCGCGAGCAAGCUGCCCAUCUACGGCGAGCAGGAGGGCGCCGACCUCAAGGACAUCCUGGGCCACUCGUCGACGCUGCUCAACCAGCUGAGCGCUGCGCUGCGCGUGUUCGCAGGCCACGAGAACAACAUGCGCCAGUGCUACAAGCGGAUCCGUGAGCGCGAGGAGGCGCUCGACGAGCUCCGCCGCCGCCGGCGCGCGACGGCCACCAAGGCCGAGGGGGCAGAGAGAAAGCUUGCAAAGAUGGGCCCAGAGAACAAGCAGCUCAUCUCGCAGACUGAGCUGCUGGAGAACCUCCGCGGCCAAAUGCGCCAGAUGGACUCGGAUAUCGUCAACGAGGAGAGCAAGCUCGGCGACUUUAAGCGACAGUCGACCAAGGAGGCGCUCUCAUACAAGUUUGGAGGCCUCGAGGAGCUCGGCGAGAAGAUGUGCAUCAUUGGCGAGCUCGGCAAGUUACUCCUCGAGGAGAUUCCUCUCGAGGAGACGCCGCCUGGCUACGGCAGAGCUCCGUACACUGCCUACGAGAAGACGCACAACACGGUCACCGAGGCAAUCAAAUGCCUCGGUACCGUCCAGUUCCAUGCCGGCUCGGCCGCUCCCAAGCCCCCAGGCCUGCCAACCCCAGGGCUCGACGCGCGCACGCCGCCCAAGGGCCACAGUGUGGCCGAUCACGAAGAGUAUGCCGACUACCCGGCCGACACGCCUGCGUCGCCUGAGAAGCCGCCCCAGCUUCCGCAGCUGGACGGCUUAUCGCUCGACGGACACAGCACCGACCGGUACUCUGAGUUUGGUGCCAGCGCGCCGUCGGCCACGAGCACAGUCGUCUGGACUGGGCCGACUGCCGACGACCUCUACGCUCACGACUACGAGUACCAGCAGCAGCGUGAGAUCGACGAGGCUGCCAAACGCGACGCCGCGGGUCUUGGUGUCGCUGGCGCGGCGGCUGCCGGGUUGGGCGCAGCCGCGGCUAUCGGCCACCAGCGCUCUGAGAGCGGAAGCGCGACAGUUCGCGAGGAGGGUUCGUCGUGGCAGCCGCUCAAGGUGCGCCGCGACCAUGCCGCGACGCCCGAUGGCUCCAGCCUCGCUUCCUCCCCACCGCCCGCGCAGCAGGGCUACACCCUUCGCGACGGGCCAGGCUACACCCUGCCUGCGGCCUAUGACCUUCCCGAUGCGCCAGCCGCGCCGACCCACCAGCAGCAGCCCUCGGUCAGCGACUCGCUCCACGCGCCCAGCGAGAUUGAGCGGCCCGGCAGCACCAACUCGGGAUACUACACGCCCCCUCCUCCACCAGAGAGCCGCUCGGCGUCCAUCGACGCCGGCUACCCCCAGGGACGGACCACGCCCAAGGCGUACGCGCCGACGCCGCUCAACACGGACGUGCCCCGUGAGCCCGAGGAGGUGACCCCCGUCGUUGCCAUCCCACCUGGCACUGCGCCGCCCCCGUACAUCCCUCCCGCGUCACCACCCAGCGGCCUUGCGUACGACGAUGAGUCACCCCAGAUUCCGCACAUCGCGCGUGUGACUACCCCGCCUCGCGAUGAAGCCCCAACCGUUGUGUCGAUCGGUGCCGAACCAGGACACUACAUCCCCCCGAUCCAGGUCUCGGGCGGGUCUAGAGAGUCAUACUACUUACCUCGCUUCCCGUCCGACCGCGACUCGCUCGCCAACACAAGCCGCGACAGUAUCGGCCAGCACUCGAUCGCACACGACAGCAUUGCGGCGCGCAGCUCGAUCGCCAACUCGUUUGCCGACAUCUCAAUCCCCGACAUGACAGUCAGCAACGUCGAGACGAUCCCUGGCCCGACGUCCCCGCGCGACUUUAGAUUCUCGCCCCCACCUAGCACUGCUGGCGGCGGCGUCAUGUCGGCCGCUGCCUUCCGCAGAGGCGUUCGCCAGACCUCCGAGGACCCCGACGCGGCGCCCACACACCAGGUUCGCCGUCUGCCCCAGCUGCCCGUCGGCGUGCCCCCGCCCCGCCAGUCGACGCCGUCGGUUCCUAGCUCGCCGCGCGAGAGCGCCGACUACUAUGCCGACCACCGCCAGUCAUACCCAUACGAGACUGAGGGCAGCGCCAACGGCAAUGGCAACGGCCAGAUCCACGCCCAGCACGGCAACCGCCUUUAAUAUCAUUGUCCAUACAGCCGCUUAAUACGAGAGACCGAGACGUAGCUCAAUGAUGCUGAUGCCCGUGAUGCCACUAUACCCCCGCCAGAGUGUGUGAUGAUACAACAUUUAGUCUAUAGCUGCGAAGAUGCCCACCUCGUCCACUGCAGCUUUGAGCGCCGCGCCGCUCUCGUCAAUGCUCCGCAGGAAGCGGAGCAGCUCCUUGCACAGCUGCGUCUCGCGCGCGCCAAUGGCCAGACGCAGCAG